UAGAACAAGGCCUAAAUAUUUUGGGCCACAUUUUCAUUUAGGUCUAGGUUAACUUCCUGUGAUCUAGAAGAGGUUUAAUACUUUCAUGCUAGAGUAGUUUAAGGAUUAGCUGAUCGGGAUUUCAAAUAUUUAAGUAAAACUACAAAUAAAAAAAUCUUGAAAUGGCAUGUACACUUGAGCAUAAAUGCCUGUUUAUUCUGUGUUGAUAGGAAGCUGAUGAACUUUUCAGCUAUGUUUUUCUGUCCCCUAGGAAAUCUGAUUAGGGUAGUUCUAAAGCAAAGAACACCAGAGUUACAUACGGGUUAGCACAGUAAUAAGUGUCUUCUGGAGAAAUCUGGAUAAUAUGGGAGAGGAAACAAUGAGAAACUAUUGGUUUAUUUAUUGAAAUAGGCUGGAAUAAUUAAACGGUUUAUUAUUGGGGUUUGAUAAUUGAAAUGGAACUGGACCGUCAGCUUGUAUCAAAUGAACAAAAACUUUCAGAAAAUGUUGCAUAGUGGAAAAAAAUACAUCUCAACAGCACUUAAUGACUCCAUUUUCUUUGGGCUCUAUUCAAAAAGAAAUGCAGUAAGGGAACAGACUGAUAAUAAAUAAUUGUGGAUGUGUGUAUAUAUAGCUAUACGCUCAUGGGUUAAAAAUAGACUGUGUGAACCAACCUGGUGCAGUGCGUGCUAGCACUGCAGCCAAGCUAGCAUCUGAAAGUCUCAUUUACUUCAGAAAUGACACCUUAACUUGUAAGACAAACGCUGAACAAAGUUGCUGUGAAGGAAGGUCACCUGGGGGUGUAGGCAUGCAUUCAGCAGACGUACCUCAGCUCUCACGGAUGUGGAAGUGAGCGUGUUAAGAAAAACGUGAAUACAUUAGUGUUCCAGUCCGGUGAUUUUAAAAGCUUUGAAACACGGCGCUUGCAGGUAAAACCGAAGUGGGCUGUGCUUACACUGUACCUAUCGGACAGCCUGGUGCCGCCGCCCAGCACAAGGGCACGCCGCAGCGUUACACCCCCCACUCCGCCACAGCGCCCCGCUCCCUCUGCAGCGUCGUACGGGCCUGUGCAGUUUCCCUCCGCAGCCCGGACCGGGGAGGGCGCAGGAAGCCAAAUCCGGCCGGCAGGACGAUGCCCGCCCCGGCUUCCCACGGGGCGCUGGGGCGAGCCGUGGGAGCUGUGCGACCCUCCCCAGCGGAGGGGCGGCGGGGGCCAGGCGCGGCGGCGCGGCCCGGCCCGGCCCGGCCCGUGUACGUGGGCCCUGGCCGCGAGCGGAAGUAGUUCCUUACCUGCUUUGAAGAUCUAAGAGAGCUUUUUGUUUGCAUAAGGCAUAAAAGAAGAUGGAAGAAGAUGAGACUUUGCAAGGUGAAACAGAGAGGGCAGAGGUUGAAACACGUGCUGCUGCUGAGGUUGGUCGGCGGAUAUCAGUGAGUGAGUUCCUUUGCCACUGCUGUUAUGACAUUAUGGUCAAUCCCACCACCCUGAACUGUGGGCACAGUUUCUGUAGACAUUGCCUAGCUUUGUGGUGGGUGUCAUCCAAGAAGAAUGAAUGUCCUGAAUGCAGAGAAAAAUGGGAAGGAUUCCCCAAAGUCAACAUCCUCUUCAGGGAUGUUAUUGAAAAGCUAUUUUCUGAUGCCAUUGAACAAAGAAAAGAAGAUAUUCUACAAAACAGUGAUGUAGCACGCAGCUUAGCAACCUUCCAAAAAUAUGGGAAUGACCAGAUGCCUACAGUUCGGAACACAGGACGAAUUAAUCCUCAAGGAGGAGGGUUUUUCUCAGGCGUUCUGACAGCUUUAACUUGUGUAGCAGUAGUUCUACUUGGAUAUCACUGGAGCAGCAGAGAAUUUGAAGAAGAUCUUCUUGUCCACAAGCCUGUUGCUAAAUGGACUGCUGAGGAAGUGAUAAUUUGGCUAGAGCAGCUGGGCGCAUGGGCUUCACAUUAUAAAGAAAGAUUCUUGCUGGAGAAGGUGAAUGGAAGACUACUCCUAACACUGGCAGAGGAGGAUUUCACAAAAGAGCCUUACAGUAUAGAGAACAGUAACCACAGGAAAGCUAUUAUGGCGGAACUGGAACGUGUGAAAGCUUUAGGUGUUAAACCACCACAGAACCUUUGGGAAUAUAAGGCAGUAAAUCCAGGAAAAUCACUUUUUCUUCUGUAUGCACUGAAGAGUUCUCCAAGACUCAGUAUGUUAUACCUAUAUUUGUUUGAUUACGCAGAAGCUUUCCUACCUUUUAUCCACACAAUUUGCCCCACACAAGAAGACAUGUAUGAAGAUACUGUCACAAAACUAAUAGACCUUCAAGAUCCUUCUUGGAAACAGUGGAGAGAAUUCAUUGUAAAGUAUUUAUUUUUGCCAUACCAGUUGAUAGCUGAAUUUGCUUGGGAUUGGCUGGACGUGCACUACUGGACAUCAAGAUUUAUAAUUGUAAAUGCCAUGUUGCUCUCUGUUCUGGAGUUAUUCUCCUUUUGGAGGCUCUGGUCAAGAAGAGAAUUGAAGACUGUUCCUCACAGAAUGUGGAGACAUUUCUGGAAAGCCUUAACCCAGGGUCUUUUUGUUGCCAUUUUUUGGCCUUUUAUUCCUCAGUUUGUCUGCAAUUGUUUGUUUUACUGGGCCUUGUACUUUAACCCAAUUACAAACAUUGAUCAGGUGGUUAAAGAAGUAAGGCGUCCUGAGACAUAAGUGCAGUGACUGGUAUUGGAACUUUUGAGCUGUUUAGCUUGUAAAAAUGGACUUGAAAUAAACUUUGGUUUUCUUCUUUAUAUAUGUGGCAGUGAAAGUCAUGGAUUAUUGUUAAUUUAAACAUAUUAAAAAAAGCCUUAAGAUAAGUUACUCUUGAACCAACUGAUUCCAAAUCAGAGGAUGGGCUUUAUUAUGCAAUAGUAAUUUUCUAUAGGGGGAAAAAUAAUUACAUUCCUGAUUUAGCCAUGUAAAACUUACACAAUCAUGUCACCCUAUUUUAGAUCAAAUCAAACUUAUCUCUUUUGUCUUGAGCAUUCCAGUUAUUUUCAAGCUUGCCUUAAAAUGAGAGUUUUCUGAAGAGCUACAGCGUGUUCUUCAACUUCAGUAUGCCAAAGGAAAGCUCUUCCUGGAUGGGCUUGAUACUGAAAGUACUUCAAUGUUUUCAGCUUUCUGUGUGAAGUUGUGACUGUCAAAUAUACAGUCUCGCAGUAGAGAAUUCUAAAAUUCAUGCUGUUGAAGGCAAAGACUGCUUGAGUUUUCUUGUCCUCUGGAAAAUGUGGUGAUCCAGAUCAGUUAGACUUCAUCAGUAGUUUAUUGCUCUCCUCUUGAAGUCUGUUGCUAAUUCUUAAAUUCAGGGUUAUCUCUUAAAAAGGAGUUAAUUUGGAAAAGUGACUUGACACAUCUUACUGCAGUAUAAUGUGUGAAUCUAGAUCUAUGAGCAAAUAGUGACUGGAAAGUUAUUUUGUGUAGUCAGAAUUGCUGUUUGUUAAUGUAUGGGUUUUGACUGAAGCAAAAGUUAGGUGGUUUGUUUUUUUUUAAGAGCUUUGUCCCCUUGCAUUCUACAUUGGUUUGAUUUUUUUGGUUGGUUGGUUUUGUUGUGUUUGGGUUUUUUCCUCAUUUGUAUCAUUAAUAUGAAUUUUAGAUUUGCCUAUGAAUGUUUUUAAAGAUUAAAGAUCUCUUCUGAAA